AGCCGCGUAGGCGCACCCUUUAUCAACCCGCGGCCUCGGCACGGCCCAUGGUGAGCGUGGCAGGCCGGCGAGCGAGCGCGCGAGCGAUCACAAUCACAAUCACAUCACGCCGUCUUCCACGGUGCGCGGCGGGAGCAUGCAACGGCAGCGCUUCGGGUCUGACGAAGGUCCGGGAAGAAACCCCGCCGAGGAGAGGAGGCUCAAGAGACCCGCGACCGAGUCGGAGGAGACCGGCGACGACGACGAACUGCCCCCGGGAACCAGGAGGAAGAUGAAGGACACGCAGCAGAAGACGAGGCCGAGCGGCAGCACCGCAGCCGGCGCAGGCGCGGCGUCGUCGGCGUCCUCCGUCCGCGCCGUGCUGCAGGACUUCCUGGAGCAGCAGCAGCGCCUGGACGCGCAGCGGCAGGAGGCGGCGGCGCGGCACGCGCAGGAGCGGCUGGCCUUCGAGCAGCAGUGGCGGCAGGAGAUGCAGAGACUGGAGCGGGAGCGGCUGAUGCUGGAGCAGGCGUGGCGGGAGCGCGAAGAGCAAAGGAGGAUGAGGGAGGAGGCCAGGGCCGAGCGGAGGGACGCGCUCCUCACCAACCUGCUCAACAAACUCUUGCGCGAUGACUUUUAGGGAGUGACACGUGGCUCCACGACGCGUGCCUAAUAAUAAUCAACAAAAUUUGUUACUGGUAGCAUAGGUUAUGGCUCUGUGGGUCAGUAGAAAUUCUUUGUUUGCUUUGUCUUCACCUGAUCAUAGAUUAAUCCGUAGGAAUGUUAAGCCAUUUUAGUAGUCUAUAUAUCUCAGUUGCAUACACAUGUAAUCACUAGCUAAGAUGCUGCCAAAUGCUCUGCGUGCCUUUUUCUGGAAGGGUAAAUGUUUUUUCUGCCAGACAUCA